UUUCUGCUGCUGAUCAUUUCCUGAAUCCUCCUCUGGUUCUUCACUCGCUGUUCUUCUUUCUUUGGGAGUCAUUUUAGAACCUUGGUAGAGUUUCUUUUUGUGUUCUUUUAUUCUGGUGUGUUUGUUUUCUGCACCUGGAGCCGCCGUGGAUAGCUCUGCUGACAUCUGUUUAGUUCCUGUGGUGCUGUUUGGUUGAUCAGGUUCAGACGUUUGGUGUUUUCUCUGUUUUCUGUCGUUGCUGCUUAAAGGUGCUUUAGCUCCGUUUGCUCUGCUUUCCUUUAGUCACUCAGGGAAUCCUGUCUGGGUUUGGAGCUUUCUUUGCAGUCCUUUCUCUACACAGGAAAUACUUUGUUCUGUAAAAACAUUUUGGUGGAAUUCUGGAUUUCUGAUCAUAAAAGAUAAAAACAGAAAAGAGACUCCAGCAUUCUGGAAGUUUCACUUUCUGCCUUUUUGCUUUACAAGAAUCUGAUAGUUUGGGUUCAAAUAUGAACCUUUCACUGCAUGUUCCAAGCUUCUGCUCCAUGUUCUGGGUUACCAUGGCAACAAGACCGUUCUGGUCUCUGAUUGGCUGUAAAUACCUGAUAUAUUGAUCAUAAACACACGUGUGAGUCGUCAGAAACAAACAUCAUCCAGUUUAGUUGGACUGAGGUCAUUUUGUGAGUGAAACUAAAACAGUUCUUGAUUUUCUUCCACCAGUGGAUCUUCUGCAGAGGUUUUCCUGAACACUGACAACAUCUGCAUCACCUGUCCAGAGACUGAAGAGCAGCCACCAAGAACAUCAUCAUCUUCACAGUGAGGAUCCCUGAGCAUCAGAUCACAGCAUGGCAACGUUCAGCAACGUCUCAUCUAAAUACAAGGACAUCAUCUCCAAAAGUCGUGAGCUAUGUUCAGGAUCUCCUUCUAUCUACCAGCUGAAACCAAAGAAAGAGACCUUUGGAACUCUGACAAAAUUGACUGUUGGAGAAGGAAAUGUGAAGAAGAUAAAUAAAACCAUCUUACUUGUAGGAGAAACAGGAACAGGAAAAUCUUCUCUGAUCAAUGCUCUGGUCAACCACACCAUGGGAGUGAAGUGGAAGGAUGAAGUCUGGUUUAAGAUCGUAGAGGAGGAGAAGAGAAGUCAGACAGAAAGUCAGACAUCAGAUGUGAUCGUAUACCAGGUUUUUGGUUUUGAAGGUAAAACUCUGCCCUACUCUCUGACCAUCAUCGAUACUCCUGGAUUUGGAGACACCAGAGGAGAAGAACGUGAUCUCACCAUCAAUCAAAGGUUGCUUGACUUGUUUCGAUCAGCUGAUGGAGUUCAUGAAGUUAAUGCAGUGGGUCUGGUGAUGAAGGCCAGUGAAAAUCGAGUGAGCGAUCGACUGAAGUACAUCUUUGAUUCAAUGAUGUCUCUGUUUGGAAAAAACAUCGAGAAAAACAUCGUAGCUCUCAUCACACACUCAAAUGGAACAAAUCCUGAAUAUGUUCUUCAGGCUCUUGAAGCUUCAGAGAUCAAAUGUACCAGAGAUGAGGACAAUGACCCUGUUUACUUCCUGUUUGAUAACUGCCUGGACAAACAGAGAACAAAGAGAGAAAAGUUUGGAUUAGAGCAUGCAUGGAAAGUAACAGAGAGAGGAAUGAGUGAGUUCAUGACCUUCCUGGAAGAAACUGGUCCUCAGAAGCUGAAUACAACAGUUGAAGUGAUGAAGGAACGAGAAAGACUGACAGCCUGCUUCCAAAACCUGCAAGAGAGAAUCAAGAGUAUUGACGAAAAACAGAAAGCAAUCGAACAGAAUGAAGAAGUUCUGAAGAAACAUGAAGAGGAGAUGAAAAAGAACAAGGAGUUCACUGUGGAAGUUGAUGAGACCUACAAAGAUAAGAAACCUAUCAAAGGUGGGAUGUGGGGGUUAGUGUUUUAUGAUGGAGCUGUCACCUGUAAAGUCUGUAAAGAGAACUGUCACUAUCCUGGAUGUACAAAAGCCUGGUAUCCUGGACACUGUGAGAUCAUGAAAGAUGGCCGCUGUACUUCAUGUACCAGGAAGUGUCGUGUAGAAGAUCAUGUGAAAGAAGAGUGGAUCUAUGUGACCAAGACGAGGAGAGUGACGAAGACUCUGGAAGAUGUGAAACAGAAAUAUGAAAAGAAUCUGGUCGAAAGUGAGAAGAAGUUCAGUCUUUUGGAAAAUCUGAAAACAGAAAUGAAUCAGCAGGAAACAGAUAAAACUCGGUUCCUGGAGAAGGCCUACCAUCAUGUUGUCAAACUGAACCAGAUCGCUCUGAAAGCUCAUUCAGGUUCCACCUCCGUCCAGCUGGACUUCCUGAUUGAGAAGAUGAAGGAGAAAGGAGACACAGAGAAGGUCCAUAUGCUGGAGGAGAUGAAAAGAAAACAGAAAGAAGGAAACAAAGGAGCAGUGCAGUCUGUGUGGGAUAAAAUGAGAUCAGCUGGGAAAGAAUAGAUGAAAUGAAAGACAUCAGGCUGAGCAGACAGACAGAGCAGCAGCUGGACAUUUACCAUGAAGAUGGAGGAAACUAAUGAUUAUAAACCACAGCUUGUUUUAACUCUCAUGUAAUCAGUUGAUCAGAAAAUAGAAAUGUUUUCACUGUUUGAUCUCCUCCUGACUGUUAAAAAGCUCCAUCAGGGUCUCAGGACCAAAAGCUUUAAAGCCUCCUACACAGACGGGAAGAUGAGGAAUAUUUGAGUCUUUCUGAUGUUUGUCUUCUUUGAUUGUUUUUAAUGUUCUGUAGACUUUAAUGAUGUUAAAGCUCCUUGUAACUCCACUUAUAAAGAUAAUAAAGGAGUAAAGGUAGUGAUUGUGAAAUGUGAUGACCUGAAUCAGCUCCAGACUAACAUGAAUCAGCUUCACCUCCUUCUGAUGAUCAUUUAUGAAACACAUUUAUCUGCUGGUGAAAGGAGCUGUGGCUUUUCCCUCUGUUUCUGCAUGUGGACCAAGAGUUCAUACUGAGAUCAAUCACACUGUAAACUGAUCAAUAAAUAAAGCUGAUCAAUGA